CUAAUUUCAGGCGUGCUCUUCUCUUUAGGUUGUAUCGCAAACACUGUUAGUGUAUUGCUCUCUCUUUGAGGUAAUUGCAGUUUCACUCAGGACUUUGAGGUGCACUUCAACAACGUGUUUCCAAUCGUCCGCGUGGAGGUUUAAGUGGAAGACGGUAAAAUAUAACACCAGGAUCCUGCAGCCAAGAUGGCAGAUGAGAAGAGACUGUCUGCCAGGCGUAAGCAUACUCUGAAAGGAUGCAUGCUGCUGGUCGCCACUAAUCUGCUGGAUGCUGAGUCAAAUGUGAAGGUGACGGAGAGAGAGAAGUUCCUGGAGGAUAAAGUUCCUCCUCUGGAGCUGCCGUACUCCAAGGACGAGCUGCUGGACCUCUGCCAGAAACUCCAUGAGCAGAUUGACAUCAGCGAGGAGGAGAGAUACAGCAUCGAGUUUAAGCUGAACAUGGUGCUGAACGAGGUCCGAGACCUCAACAUAAAGAUUGUGGAUCUGAGGGGAAAGUUCAAGAGACCCCGUCUGAAGAAGGUCCGCAUGUCCGCCGACGCCAUGCUGAAGGCUCUGCUGGGCUCCAAACACACCGUCAACAUGGACCUGAGGGCCAACCUGAAGCAGGUCAAGAAGGAGGUCAAAGAGGAGGACAAGCAGCUGCGCGAUGUCGGGGAUUGGCGUAAGAACAUUGAAGACAAGUCUGAUAGGAAGAAGAUGUUCGAUAGUUAAAUGUGAUUGUUGCUUUUCGGGAUGGACUGCAGGUCUGAUGUGUUUGUCACUGAAGAGUUUUUCUCCAAAAUGCUUCAUAUCUACAUUAAAACCCUACGUUAUUGUUGACUGCUGUGGAAGGAUAUAUGGUAGAAAUGUGAACACCUUGGAUAACUAACAAGUAAAGUACUCAAGCUAUAGUGUUCGUGGUACAGUAAGUGAUGAAUGAGAAUCACAUUCAUUAAAGUAUUUAAUGCAUGAGUUUUUUACUGACUUUUGACUAAAAUCUGUAAUAAAUGGGAGGUACAUGAGACAGGCCUCAGGUGGUUUCUGGAUAUUUUGCGUUGGAACCAAACUCUUCAGUGGAAUCCAAGCUGCCUUCUGCUUCUGCCUGUAUGGACUCUGUACUGUGAGGAUUGUCCUGUACGUCCGGAUGUGUUAGUACACGAGUGGUAAAUCCAACCUGCUGUUGUUCUCUGACGGCUGACUUAUGCUCCUGCAGCAAAACCUUGCUAAACCGGCUAGAAACGUACCUUCCUCUGCACAAAAAUGAACUGAACUCCAAAUGACCUACUUCAGUGUGUAGUUUAAUGUGUUGACCGGUACUUUCAAAAAGUAUUUGAUUACUUAAAUUCGGUCUCAUUCUUGCACCGACUGUGGCAAUAGUGCACCUAUUCUCGUCAGGUCAAACAGGAUAGUAGUUUAACGUUAGCCUAUAAGUUAGCUAACGGUCAGUAAUGGAUCAAAUACCACAAGUUGUGUUAGCAUGGCAAGCUAACGGUCAUUAAAGGAUGAAAAACAAUCAGAACUUGCAGAAGUAUAACUCAGCCCUCGUCUGUACUAAACAACAUCAUGCCAUCUUUUCUAAGCUGUUCCAACAGAAGUGUGAUGUACUCUAAUCGUGUUGUUGCUGUCACAUUAAAUACAGAAGCUUCAUGUUCA